CGCGUGGAAUUAAAACACCUUGCACGGAGAGGGAUAUACCGAAACCCGGAAUACGGCGACUGACAGACCGCGAGCAUGAGCAGCGCCCUCCAACCCGUCCUCAAAAUGAAGGUGGACGAGCUGUUCCUACACUGGCUGAGCGAGACGCCCACACAGCUCCUGCUGAAGGACUGUCUGCGGCGGAUAAAGAGCGGCGAGAAGCUACCGGUGCUGAGCGACAAUAACUGCGAGGACUACGGGGCGGCUCCGGUCUGUAACAAGAGCCAGCUGCACAACCGGCUACUGGACCACCUCUCCAUCUCCGCCAUGGCCCCCUGCAGCCCCCCAGCACACUCACCGGCAGCCCUACCGGUGGCCAGCUUCGGCAGCCCCCGGAGCGGACUGACACCCCGCAGCCGCCGGUCUGUAGGAGCCAGAGUGGCACAGCCAAAGAAAGAGGAGCCAUUGACGCCUGCCUUAAGCCAAAAUAUUCCAAAAUUUUAUUUCCCUAAAGGGUGUCCAAAAGACAAUGUUAACAUUGAUUGUAUCAUUUCAAAAAUAGAGAAAACCUUCUCUCUUUUUCCCAAUGAAAGAGCAACACUCGAUGAUAUGGGCAAAGUGGCUAAGGCUUGUGAAUGUCCUCUUUAUUGGAAAUCACCAUUGUUUUAUGCGGCUGGAGGUGACCGAACAGGAUUUGUGUCUGUCCAUAAGUUUGUUGCAAUAUGGCGAAAGAUCUUGCAGACAUGCCAUGACGAUACCGCUAAGUUCAUGCAACUCCUAGCCAAGCCUGGAUGCACUUAUUUGGAGAGAGAGGACUUUGUUCCCUUUUUACAGGAUGUGGUAAACACUCAUCCACAUUUAACAUUUUUGAGAGAAGCUUCAGAAUUUCAUUCUCGCUACAUCACCACUGUCAUUCAGAGGAUAUUUUACACUGUGAAUCGAUCGUGGUCAGGCCGAAUAACGUGUGCUGAACUAAGGAAAAGUAAUUUUUUACAGCAUGUUGCGUUGUUGGAAGAGGAAGAUAUCAAUCAGUCAACAGAUUACUUUUCUUAUGAGCAUUUCUAUGUCAUCUAUUGCAAAUUCUGGGAACUUGAUACAGACCAUGACUUGUACAUUGAUGAACAAGACCUUUCCAAGCAUAGUGAUCAUGCCAUAUCAAGUAGAAUUGUGGAGAGAAUAUUUUCAGGAGCUGUAACACGUGGCAAAAAAGCCCAGAAGGAAGGGAAGAUAACCUAUGCAGACUUUGUAUGGUUUCUCUUGUCUGAGGAGGACAAGAAGACCGAAACUAGUAUUGAGUACUGGUUUCGCUGCAUGGACCUGGAUGGUGACGGAGUCUUGUCUAUGUAUGAACUGGAGUAUUUCUAUGAGGAACAGUGUCAGAAAAUGGAAAGCAUGGCUAUCGAGCCUUUACCUUUUGAAGACUGUCUCUGUCAAAUGCUGGAUCUUGUGAAGCCACAGUGUGAAGGAAAGAUUACUCUGCAAGACUUGAAGAAAUGCAAGCAGGCUCAUCUGUUCUAUGACACAUACCUCAAUCUAGAAAAGUACUUGGAUCACGAACAGAAAGAUCCAUUCUCUGUACUAAGAGUUGGUGAAAAUGAAGGACAGCAGGAACUAACUGACUGGGAAAAGUAUGCAGCUGAAGAAUAUGCAAUUCUGGUUGCCGAAGAGGCGGCUACUGAACAGUGGAAUGAUGGGUAUGAUGCUGAGCUAAAUGACCUGGAGCCGCCGCUUACAAAUGAGAAUAAGUAUGCCAUUGAUAAGCGACCCUUCUUUGAGAUGCCCACACAUGACACAAACGAUCUGGAAGAAUACGAAUAUGAAGAGGACUUUGAAUAAACAGCCUUAGCUUCAAUGCUGACUGCAGCUGGUCUGCAGCUUUUUGUUUUGUUUUGUUUUGUUUUGUUUUGUUUUAUUUGGUCGUUUCUUCUUUUAUUGAGGUUUCUUUAUCUAGACUUAAAUCUACUGCUGCUUUCAACUGACACACCUCUAAAAUGUAAUGCACCUUUUGCAGCAAAAAUACUUGUUUGGUCAUAAACCUGAUUCAUAAGUAGCUGGUCAUGUGUCUGUCUGUGUAAGGUAGUUACACCUGGCUAAAGUCAAAAGCCAUUAGUUGGUGUGAGAUUAAACCUACUUUUUAUUUAUUUCUUUUUUCUUGUCUUCAUCAUGCCCAGACUACAUCCGUUAAUUUACAGCACACAGUACCCUUAAUUUGUGGAGCAGUCAUGUUUGUGAUUGUAUGGACCCACAUAGAUGAUUGCAGGGAAGGACAUAUUUAAAACCAUGUUCAAGCUAUUUAUUUUCUUUCUUGACGUUUGUGGAUUGCACAUUAAAUUGCAUGUGAUUGUUCCAUUUUAGGUGGUAAUGUGUGCAUUUGAAGUAUAGAUAUUGUUUAUGAUCAAACCAUAUGAAUUAGUAUUAACUUUGUUUUCUGUACAACUCUGACUUUAGUGGAAUCUAUGCUAUGCUGUGGAAAUGCUGAUGGUUAAAAAAAGUUUGGAGGGUUUUUUUUCUGCAACUACACCUCCUCCAUGUUUUUGUUAUUCUGUUUUAUACUUUGAUGCUGUAUUUGAUCCUGCCAUUGUUGCAGCAUGCCAGAUCGUGUUUUGAGAUAUGCUUGUCAUAGUAAAGCAUACUUCAGGGCAGUGCACAGUUUUACCCAGUACAAUUCUCAAAAAAGGUUUUCUCACCCUUUUUGGCAUUUAUCACAAAGUAGGUGGUUCAUAAUUUCCAGUUUCAGAUGGGGACAAGUUAUUCAUUGUAGUUGUCUGAAAUCCUCAACAUUAAUUUCCUUUAACACACAUGCCAUUUUUUAACAACAAAUGGCAUUAAAGAAUAAAUCACAUAAUUGAAUAACACUGGAACAUUUUUGCUUGAUAUACAAUUGGCCUAUAAUCAAUGGAUGUGUGUUUUUUUUUAUUUGUUUGUGGGUUUGUUUUUUGUUUUUUGCCAACAGGAAAAGUACCUAGCAUCAUGGUAAUUCCUCUUCUAAUUUAAUUCUUCUUGCCAAGUAGUUGUCACAUUCCGUGAUUUUAUAAAUUCUGCCAAUGAUUUGCAAGCCUAACAAAGUCAUGCCUUCACAAGGAAAUGGCAACCCUUUUGUCUUGUCCAAACCAUGUUUAAAUGAGGUUGGAGUGCCUUUAAAAAGUUGUACAUAUGUAAAUUGUCAGGGGGUUAAGUGAUCUGCUUUUCCAGCAUUAUUAUUAUUUUAUUUUGAAAUUUACCUUUUUUGGGAGGGAGGGGGAAAAAAAGCUGUAAAUGUUUGCUGU